GCACUGUUUGGCCAUCUCCCCCACCGUAGUUCUAGCAGCCUCUGUAUCUGCUGUGGUUGGGCCGAACGAUAGAAGAUGUUUGUGUCUGUGUAGCGGCGUCCGGGAAUGGUUAAACAUGUCUCUGAAUGGAGGAGGAUGCAGAGGCUUCUACUUCAACACCGUGCUGUCUCUGGCUCGGUCGCUCGCGACUCACCAGCACGCGCCGUUAGACAAGGUGCAGAAGCUGCACUGCAUGUGCCCUGUGGACUUCAGAGGCGUCUUCCAGCUUGACGAGAGGAGGCGGGAUGCUGUGACUGCUCUUGGGAUUUUCCUGGUAGAGUCCAACCUACAGCACAAAGACGUCAUCGUCCCCUACCUUCUUGGGCUACUCAAAGGGCUUCCCAAGGUUCAGUGGAUCGAGGAGAGCUCUGAACGCAAAGGGCGGGACGCUCUUCCAGUCGCAGAAAACUUCAGCUUUUGUCUUGUGACGCUGCUCUCAGAUGUUGCUCAGAGAGAUGAGAACUUUAGAGGACAGAUCCUGGAGGCGCUCAUGGACAUCAUGCAGGUCCUUCAAGACAUCUGCAAAAAUCCAGAUGCUCACGAUAAAGGAUACCUGUGCAGGUACACUGUGCCCAGCCUGCUGGGUGUGGCCAGGGCGUUUGGCCGAUACAGUAACACGGACGAGCCGCUGCUGUCCAAGCUGUUCCCCCGACCCGCUGCCCCGUUGCUCUCUGUAGGUGACUGCGGCGAUGUGGCCCGACGGCGCUCCUUCAACGACUUCCGCUCCAUCCUGCCGAGCUCUCUGCUCACGGUGUGUCAGGGAGACUCUCUGAAACGUAAAACCUCCUCUGUGUCCAGCGUUUCACAACAGGCAAGUCCAGAGAGAACGGGACUGACGCCCAGCUCUCCUGCCGAUCCGUCUGCGCAGUACUUUGAAGGCUCCUACCUCCCUGAUGGCAGCGCCGUGGACCCCGAUUAUUAUUUCUCCACCAUCAGCUCCAGCUUCUCUGUCUCUCCUCUUUUCACUGGGAGCAGCUCCGGAGAGUUCCAGGUCCCUCUGGAGAUGCUCAGGCAGCUCCUUCACAUGGUUGAGCAAUUUGUUUCCGAGUCGUUUUUGAAGUCACUGGAUGGCAUCCUAGCAGAAUACCAGGAAAGCAAUCCAGAAAUUCAUCUUUACUACAAGACCUUCAGUGACCCGUUAUAUGUGGCCAUAUUUAAAAUGCUGAGAGACACUCUGUACAAUCUGAAAGACCUUCAGACUGACUAUGUGAAGGAGGUUCAUGACUUCGUCCUGGAGCAGUUCAGCAGCAGCCAGUCAGAGCUGCAGAGGAUUCUCCAUGACGUGGAGUACCUUCAGAGUGAAUUGAGCCCGCUCAAACUGCGUUGCCAGGCCAACGCUGCUUGUGUUGACCUCAUGGUUUGGGCUGUCACAGAGGAACAGGGCGCUGAGAACCUUUGCACCAAACUGUCAGAGAAGCUGCAGUCGAAGACUUCUAGUAAAGUUAUCAUCGCCCACAUGCCCCUCCUCAUAUGCUGCUUACAGGGUUUGGGUCGUCUGUGCGAGCGCUUUCCUGUCGUGGCGCACUCCGUCACCACGUCUCUCAGAGACUUCCUGGUGGUGCCCUCUCCUGUUCUGGUGAAGCUCUACAAAUAUCACAGCCAGUGCGCUCCAGGAGGAAGUGACAUCAAGAUCCAUGUGACCAAUGAACAUUCUCAGUCAACCAUCAGCACCAAUGCAAGCAAGAAGAGCCAGCCGUCCAUGUACGAACAGCUGCGGGACAUCUCCAUCGAUAACAUAUGCAGGUGCCUGAAAGCUGGCCUCACGAUGGAUAACGUCAUCGUGGAGGCUUUCCUCGCCAGUCUGUCCAACCGUCUCUACAUCUACCAGGAAAAUGACAAGGAUGCUCACCUGAUCCCGGACCACACCAUCAGAGCUCUGGGCCACAUCGCCGUGGCGCUGCGCGACACGCCCAGGGUGAUGGAGCCCAUCCUGCAGAUCCUGCAGCAGAAGUUCUGCCAGCCACCUUCGCAGCUCGACGUCCUCAUCAUAGAUCAGCUGGGCUGCAUGGUGAUCACAGGCAAUCAAUACAUCUACCAGGAAGUGUGGAAUUUGUUCCAGCAGAUCAGUGUCAAAGCGAGCUCCAUGGUUUACUCCACCAAAGACUACAAAGACCACGGUUACAGACACUGCUCUCUGGCUGUUAUAAACGCUCUGGGUAACAUAGCAGCCAACAUGCAGGCCGAGCAGAUGGUGGACGAGCUGCUGGUCAACCUGCUGGAGCUUUUUGUGCAGCUGGGCUUAGAGGGGAAGAGAGCGAGUGAGCGGGCCUCGGACAAAGGCCCGGCCCUGAAGGCCUCUAGCAGUGCUGGAAACCUCGGCGUCCUCAUUCCGGUAAUCGCCGUGCUGACGAAGAGGUUGCCACCAAUAAAGGAGGCAAAGCCGCGUCUGCAGAAGUUAUUCAGAGACUUCUGGCUCUACUCUGUCGUCAUGGGAUUCGCAGUGGAGGGCUCAGGUCUGUGGCCGGAGGAGUGGUACGAAGGAGUUUGUGAAAUCGCAACCAAAUCGCCGCUGUUGACGUUUCCCAGCGGGGAGCCUUUACGCUCCGAACUUCAGUAUAACUCUGCGCUGAAGAACGACACCGUCACUCCAGCGGAGCUGAAUGACCUGCGCAGCACCAUCAUCAACCUGCUGGACCCGCCUCCAGAGGUGGCCGCACUCAUCAACAAGCUGGACUUUGCCAUGUCCACAUACCUGCUGUCUGUCUACAGGCUGGAGUACAUGAGGAUGCUGCACUCUCUGGACUCGGACCGCUUCCAGGUCAUGUUUCGUUACUUUGAAGACAGAGCGAUACAGAAGGAUAAAUCUGGUAUGAUGCAGUGCGUGAUCGCUGUCAGUGACAAGGUGUUUGAGGUUUUCCUUCAAAUGAUGGCUGAAAAACCUAAAACCAAAGCUCACGAGGAGGAACUGGAACGCCACGCUCAGUUUCUCCUGGUCAACUUCAACCACAUCCACAAGCGGAUCCGCAGAGUGGCCGACAAAUACCUGUCUGGUCUGGCUGAAACCUUCCCCCACCUGCUUUGGAGCGGCCGGGUGCUGAAGACCAUGUUGGACAUCCUGCAGACUCUCUCCCUGUCCCUCAGUGCAGACAUUCAUAAAGAUCAGCCGUAUUAUGACAUCCCUGACACCCCGUACAGAAUCACUGCCCCGGACACAUAUGAAGCCAGGGAGAGCAUUGUCAAAGAUUUUGCUGCGCGGUGUGGAGAAAUCCUUAAGGAGGCUAUGAAGUGGGCUCCGUCUGUAACAAAGUCCCACCUACAGGAGUACCUGAACAAACAUCAGAACUGGGUCUCGGGUCUGUCCCAGCACACGGGUCUGGCCAUGGCCACUGAAAGCAUCCUGCACUUUGCUGGCUACAACAGACAGAGUACCACUCUGGGGUCCACCCAGCUGACUGAGAGGCCAGCCUGUGUGAAGAAGGAUUAUUCCAACUUCAUGGCAUCCCUGAACCUACGGAACAGAUACGCCGGAGAGGUUGCAGGAAUGAUCCACUUUGCGCAGGCAGUCAGGGGCCAGUCGGAUCUGACCCGGAUCAUGAUCAAGCAGAUGGAGGAGGCUCUGGACUCUGCUCAGCCUGAGGCCUUCACCGAGGCCAUGUUCAAGCUGGCCGCGUUGCUCAUCAGCAGCAGAGAAUGUGACCCGCAGCUCCUGCACCACCUCUGCUGGUCGCCCCUCAAGAUGUUCACGGAGCACGGCAUGGAAACAGCCAUUGCAUGCUGGGAGUGGCUGCUGGCGGCGCGUACGGGGGUGGAAGUACCGUUUAUGCGGGAGAUGGCGGGAGCGUGGCAGAUGACGGUGGAGCUGAAGAUGGGCCUGUUCUCCGACGCGCAGGUGGAGGCCGAUCCUCUUGCUGCGUCAGAGGAAAGUCAGCCUGUGCCCUGCCCUCCAGAUGUCACCCCUCACCACAUCUGGAUCGAGUUUCUUGUCCAGAGGUUUGAAAUAGCCAAAUAUUCCAGCGCGGAUCAGGUGGAGAUCUUUGGCAGCUUGCUGCAGCGCUCCCUGUCCCUGGGCGUCGGGGGAUCGAACAGCGGCUUGAACCGCCACGUGGCUGCCAUUGGACCACGUUUCAGGCUGCUGACUUUAGGUCUGGCUCUGCUGCACUCUGAUGUUCUCACCAACUCAACUGUGAGAAACGUCAUCAGGGAGAAGAUCUACUCCACAGCCUUCGAUUACUUCAGCGUGUCUCCGAAGUUUCCCACCCAGGCCGACAAGCGUCUCCGCGAGGACAUCUGCAUCAUAAUCCGCUUCUAUGCCAGCAUCCUGUCGGAUAAGAAGUACCUCGCAGCGUACCAGCUGGUCCCACCCGGUGAGCUUGGUACUACCUCAGCCCCGAGCACUCUCUCUGCUGGGAUAUUCGGAUCGCUAAUCGUGUCCAGCACUACUCCGAUAUCGAUCUUAAAUAAUCAGGACCCGUCCUUGAACAGCCUGUCGGUGAUGAACGCCGCCGACCUGAGGAGCAAUGUGGACUCCAGCUCCCGAUCCCAGCAGAGCGCCCAGGGCUGGAUCAACACCUACCCUCUGUCCAGUGGGAUGUCCACCACAUCCAAGAAGUCAGGCACGUCUAAAAAGAGCAACAGAGGAACUCAGCUUCACAAGUACUACAUGAAACGCCGGACUCUGCUGCUGGCGCUGCUGGCCAGUGAGAUUGAGCGUCUGACAACGUGGUACAACCCGCUCUCCACUCAGGAGCUGGCCAUCGCCACAGAGCAGUCGGUGGAGACCAGCAUCGCCAACUGGAGGUCCAAGUACAUCAGCCUGACGGAGAAACAGUGGAAGGACAACGUCAAUCUGGCCUGGAGCAUCGCACCAUACCUGGCUAUGCAGUUACCUACAAGGUUUAAAAACGAUGCCAUCGUUGCCGAAGUGACCCGGCUGGUGAGGCUGGACCCCGGAGCGGUGAGCAACGUACCCGAGGCCGUAAAGUUCCUGGUGACCUGGCACACCAUCGACGCCGACUCCCCUGAGCUGAGCCACAUCUUGUGUUGGGCUCCGGCUGACCCGCCCACGGGUCUGUCCUACUUCAGCAGCAUGUACCCUCCUCAUCCUCUCACUGCACAGUAUGGAGUUAAAGUGCUGCGCUCCUUUCCUCCGGACGCCAUCUUGUUCUACAUUCCUCAGAUUGUGCAAGCGCUUCGCUAUGACAAGAUGGGUUACGUGAGGGAGUACAUCCUGUGGGCGGCGCAGAAGUCUCAGCUUCUCGCUCAUCAGUUCAUCUGGAACAUGAAGACCAACAUCUUCAUGGAUGAGGAGGGACACCAGAAAGAUCCCGACAUCGGGGAGCUGCUGGAGCAGAUGGUGGAGGAGAUCAUGGGUUCUCUAUCCGGUCCGGCCAAAGACUUCUACCAAAGAGAGUUUGACUUCUUUAAUAAGAUCACCAACGUGUCCGCCAUCAUCAAGCCGGUUCCGAAGGGAGAGGAGAGAAAACGAGCUUGUCUCAAAGCGCUGUCGGACAUCAAAGUGCAGCCAGGUUGUUACCUACCCAGUAAUCCAGAAGCCAUAGUGCUGGACAUCGACUACAAGUCUGGAACCCCCAUGCAGAGCGCUGCCAAAGCUCCCUAUCUGGCCAAGUUUAAGGUGAAGCGCUGCGGGGUGAGCGAACUGGAGAGGGAGGGUCUCCGCUGUCCAUCCGACUCCGUGGAAGACGGAGAGGACAAUCCAGACGGAUCACGCAGGGUUUGUUGGCAGGCGGCCAUCUUUAAAGUGGGAGAUGACUGCAGACAGGACAUGCUGGCUCUGCAGAUUAUUGGGCUGUUUAAGAACAUCUUCCAGCUGGUGGGUCUGGACCUGUUUGUCUUUCCGUACAGAGUGGUUGCCACGGCGCCAGGGUGCGGUGUAAUCGAAUGCAUCCCAGACUGCAAAUCCAGGGACCAGCUCGGUCGCCAGACAGACUUUGGGAUGUACGAUUAUUUCCGUAACCAGUACGGCGAUGAAUCCACUCUGGCCUUCCAGAAGGCUCGGUACAACUUCAUCCGCAGUAUGGCCGCCUACAGCCUCCUGUUGUUCCUGCUGCAGAUCAAAGACAGACACAACGGCAACAUCAUGUUGGACAGCAAGGGUCACCUUAUCCACAUUGAUUUCGGAUUUAUGUUUGAGAGCUCCCCAGGCGGUAACCUGGGCUGGGAGCCAGACAUCAAGCUGACGGACGAGAUGGUGAUGAUCAUGGGAGGAAAAAUGGAGGCUACGCCUUUCAAAUGGUUCAUGGAGAUGUGUGUCAGAGGGUAUCUGGCUGUGCGGCCUUACAUGGAUGCAGUGGUUUCCCUGGUGACCCUCAUGCUGGACACGGGGCUGCCAUGUUUCAGAGGACAAACCAUCAAACUUCUUAAGGGACGUUUUAAUCCGCAGAUGAGUGAGAAAGAAGCAGCAGCAUUCAUGAUAAAAGUCAUCCAGAGUUGUUUCCUCAGUAGCAGGAGCAAAACGUAUGACAUGCUGCAGUACUACCAGAACCAGAUUCCUUACUGAAGGCCGUCCAGCAGAACUCCGCUCCCCCUGACUGAAUCCACAGCAGCAUCUGUAGGACGAUCAUUACCGAGGACCUGACCAGACAGCAACUGGGCACUUUAACCCUCCAGUUUCACUCUGCAUACUAUGAUUUUAUAAUAAUAUCCAUGUAUGUUUUAGAGAAUUUCUCGACAGGGAUCUGAUUACCCUUUAACUUUUGUCUUGAUGCUAUGUUUUUUGUUAGUUUACCAGCAAACACUAAAGAUUUACACUUGGAGAAUGAGGUCAAAAAGGGAUUCGGUUUCUGCUCGUCAAAGCAGGAACCUCUGUUGUUGUCAUAGUGUUGCUGUGCUGUUACCCACUUUAAUGCACUUUAUAGAUCAGCAAUAGAUCAGUAGAUUCCUUAGAGAUGAAAACAAUCCAGAUAGUAUUGUAGACUUAGAAGAACAUGAAUUGAAGUUGUUAUAUAGGUAAAAUAUAUAUAUACAUAUAUAUCAUUACAAGAGUCGGUCCACAUUUAUUCUAAAAGUAAUCUGUAGUCAGUUAAAGGUAUUAAGACAAUAAGCUGUGAUUUUACAGUAGUGUGUACUGUAGAAUAUUUACUGUAGAGUCACACAGGCAGCUUUUUCAGUCGUAGUUAGAUGUUAACAUUUACGUUCACCAGGGUUUUACAGUGACCCUCGUCCUCGUGUCGCACGUUUUGAUGUCAGUGUUGAUGGACACCCAUUACAAAAAGGCAGUUUUCCACUACAGGAACUUACCAACCCAUAACUUGAAUUUACAGGGCUCUGCUGCUACUUCCACUUUCCAAAAUGUUUUUAGCCCGGAUGUUGCAGAUUUGGUGGAUGUAAUUUUUUAGGUAUGAAAUGUCUGUAGAGUACUGGCAUUAAGAAAAACAGCGGCACUAAUACACUCAAGAGUGAAUUGUUUUACCUUUCUGUGUGAGACACAUUGUAACGUUACUAAUAUUAUCGCAAAUUCUCAAAGACUGAGUAUUAGAGAUGCACCGAUCAGACGUUUCCCGGCCAAUACCGAUUCCAAUUAUGACUGUUUUCUUUUUUUGUUUGUUUUUGGAAAAUAGCAGGGAAAUGUGCUGUCNGUGUUUUGACAGAGGCAUCGCUAUGAAACGUAAACUUACAAUUUUAGCAUUAGUUCCACUAAGAUGUAGGUUCAGAGCACCGGUCACAGUGGUCAUCAGAAAUACGCCACUUUACAUCAAGUGUAUUAUUAUUAUUAACAUUGUAUUCCUAAAUACAUCAUUAUAAAUCUGAGGUCACUAGUGAAAUGUCAUAAGAAAUGGGUGAAAUAGUCACACUGAGUUAGUGGACAUUGACAACAGGAGUAAUACUCUGGGCGAGAGCUUUUUUUUAUUAUUAUUUCAAGAAUACUAUCAAAAAGCAUUAACAGGUAAAAUAACAAUAAUGUUCCAGCAACAGUUCAGAGUUUCUUCAACUAAACAUUUUUUCAUCUUUUCUACCUGAAGCAAAAACAAUGAUGUUUAAAAGUUAUGAAACUUUUAAGUUGGAAGUUGGAAAAAGAGACAAGUUGCCCAACAUAAACCACCUCAGACAAGGACAAAAUCAUGGCUUUGCAGAUCCUUAUCCAUACUUGGAAAAGUCAGUAAUGUGAAAUGCAAAGAUGCAUUUCCUCCUAGUACGCUGAUGCUUAUUACAUAAGCAGCAGGUGGCGCUGCCUCAUGGAAACAAGCCAAAAAACGAAACUGGAUUUAUCACAGCCCCGUUUUAAAAUGAAAAGGGUCCAAGCUUAUUUCAAACAUGUUUGACAUGUUUUUAAAUAACUACAUGCAAUGAGUCCCUUUGAUUUUAGCCUGAUCAACAUAUAUUAUGGCAAAUAAAAACUGAAGUUUGGAAUGAUCAGAAAGAAAUAUUUAUGGAUUUACAGAUGCUUCUCAUACAGUAUUCAACAUGACAAAUAUAGCAAAUGUUUAAAGUUUUUUUAAAUGCAUAUUGUUACAAGUUUAUGCCGUUACAAAGUCAUUGACUAUCUCCUGCAUUACUAUGUAACAACUCUCUCUAAAGGGCAUAACAUAAUUUGGAAAAUAAAGAGCUGCAAAUGUACCACAUACGCUAAAUCGGGAUGUCCAAACACAUUUCCUGAAACAAUCAUGUUCCAUUAGCUGUCAUGUUAAAGCUGUUUUUCUUCCGUCUACAGAAAAAUACUGAGCCUGCAUUAAAAAUACAGCUGCAAAAUACAGAACAGAUGAAAAAGCACAAGUUCUAAUUGUAGAAAGAGUGAGCAUUUUUGCAACUUUUUUCUUUUCUUUCAGGUUUACCCUCUUAAAUUUCGGAAAUUUUAAUGUUAUAUUCCCUUAGAUUUCUUUUUCAGUAAUCCCUAAAUGUCUUUUUUUUUCUCCUUUUCCCUUAAUGACUCAGUUUUUCAGGGUCUGUCUUUACAUUUAUUUCGUGUCCAGUGAAGUUAGUCAGAAUCAGUGCUUGCUGUUUUGAAACAUUCCUUAUAUCUCAUUAUGUGUCUUUACAUUUAAAUCAAGCCUCUUGAAGACUGAGCUCAAGAUGAUAUUACCUGAUACAAGCCAUUUAUCCUACCCUCGGUAGAAAAAGCUGUAGUAACACUUGAGAAGAAAAAGACUCAAUUUAUGCAAUAUAUUUCUGUGUACUGACGCUUCGUCUGAGUGUUGUAUUGUAUCUCCCUCUGUUACAUUGCCGUGUGUGUGUGUGUGUGUGCGUGUGCGCUUGUGUGUCUACUUCUGCAGCUGUCUUCCUGCUGCUGUUGUGUUUGCAAAUCAACCUGAAGUGUUCACCUCUGCUGUUAUCAGAGAGAUGUUUUUGAGAUGUAAAGGAAAUUCAUCAUGUCUACUGUUUGUGUGUGUGUGUGUGUGUGUGUGUGUGUGCGUGCGUGUGUGUGUGUCUGUCUGUAAAGGUAUCUUCAUGAGGACCAGUGGAGUUUUAGGGUGUUUAGAGGGACGAUCUUUAAGGCGUCUUUCUCAGAUCAGGGUCAGAUAGAAAGCUUGAAAGCUUUUAGACUGAUUUGUGUUUUUUCACACUCCAAAACAUGUUAUUGACCUCAUUCUGAUGGCAUUAUCUACAUCUACAUGCCACACCAAAAGAUGCAAUAAGAUUCGCAGCUUUAAGAUAUUAUGUCUGAAAUGCAUUAAUAAAUGUCCUUAUGAAGAUUUCUAUGCAGACGUGAGUGUGUUUGUUUUGCUCAGUAUAUUUAUGUAUCAUUGCACCUUUUAGAUGGUCUGCUUUCUAAAACUGUAGUUAUUUCCGCAAUAAAUGUGAAAAUUUUCACU